CGUUUAUUAACUGUCAAAAAAUAUUAAAUGCACUUUUCGAAAAGAAUUUUUAUUUUUAUUUUCUUCUACCUGUUGGUCGUCGUUUAUUCUUCAAUAAAAUAAUCUUCAUUUUAUCAAACAAAUUACUCUCAAAUAAUGACCAACAAAGACACAAGUCUAACCACUGGCGACAGCUAUUGCCUUCAAAUCUCAACAAAUUCCUCGCUAUCCUGCGAAAGUGAUAUAUCUUCGUUUUCAUUUGAUAAAGAAGUCGCCAAUUAUACAAAUCGCACAGACCAAGAUGAAUUGCCUGCGUUUGAAAUACGUCUUCUCUCACCACUCGGUCGUUCACCAUCGCCAAUUGACAGUGAUUUGGAAUUUCUAUCAUCGCCAACAAAAAGUUGUAUUACACCGACUAGAAAUAGAAAACCACAAAAUGUCAGCAGCCAUAAAGAUAGUAAUAAUGAAGAUUUUGUUCCUUUACACGAUAUAAAUGCACAAAUAAGUCCACCAAGUGAUUCAGAUAGCAACAAUCAAUCGAUUUGUGAUAGUCCUUCGGGAGGCAACUUAGAAACAAUAUUUGAAGGUGUAUUUUUAAAUACACCACCAAAACCGAAAGUUAAACGAAUGAGCAUUGGCACAGCGGUGAAACAGCGAAAUAAUUUAUUGGAGAAAAUCGCUAUCAAUCGGUUGAAUUUUGUUCCAGCUUCUGGCGAUAAAGAGAAUAAUUGUCAGACAGUUGAGGAGGAUGAAAUUCGUGAUAGUAAAAGGAUGACAAUAGACAGCUUAACUACAGACGAUGGAUAAAAACAUCGAGGUUUUAAUUUUUUAAGAAGAUUUUUAAAGAAAAAGAUGUAUACUUUGUAGUUAGUUUAUAAUUUUUUCUUAUUUUUUUUUUUAUUAUUUUAUUAAUUUUAGUUGUAUUCGUACAAAGAUUAAAUAAAAAUUUUAUAUUUCUUAUGAAGUA